GGGGCGGGGCCAGCGGGAGCGGGGCGGGGCCCGAGCACUAGGCGGCGGCGUCUGGCGAGGGACUGCUUAGAUGCGCCACGGCUUCGGUAGCGACCGCAGCUGUUGCCGGGCUUGAGCUGUGCUAGCACCUCCCCCAGGAGACCGUUGCAGUCGGCUAGCCCCGUCUCCUCGGUAACCAUGUGCGACCGAAAGGCCGUGAUCAAAAAUGCGGACAUGUCGGAGGAGAUGCAACAGGACUCCGUGGAGUGCGCUACUCAGGCGUUGGAGAAAUACAACAUAGAAAAGGACAUUGCGGCCCAUAUCAAGAAGGAGUUUGACAAGAAGUACAAUCCCACCUGGCAUUGCAUUGUGGGGAGGAACUUCGGUAGUUAUGUGACACAUGAAACCAAGCACUUCAUCUACUUCUACCUGGGCCAAGUGGCCAUUCUUCUGUUCAAAUCUGGUUAAAAGCAUGGACUGUGCCACACACCCAGUGAUCCAUCCAAAAACCAAGGACUGUAGCCUAAAUUCCAAAUACCAGAGACUGAAAUUUUCAGCCUUGUGAAGGGAACACCUCGAUCUUUGAACCUUUAUUGUGUUUUGUACAGGGCAUUCUCUGUACUAGUUUGUUGUGGUUAUAAAAUAAUUAGCGAAACAGCUUACAUUUGUAUUUAUUUUCUAUUCCAUAAUUUUGCCCCAUGUUUUUUUCUCUCACAAUCCAUUCCUUUAAAAAAUAAAUCUGUUGCAGAUGUG